GCAUCCUCUCCUCAUGGCAUGCAGCAAGGUAGAGGAGGAGCGGAUGUUGGGAGAGGUGGGAGGGAAGUUGCUGGUGGUGGAGGAAGAGGGGGACGAGGUGUUGCAACAACCGAGAGGAACAGAGGGGCAUUGGCGGGGGUGUAUCUUCCGAGGAAAGAAUUACUGGUGGUAGAGUCAGAGUGUCCUCUCCUCACGGCAUGCAGCAAGGGAGAGGAGGGAUGGGAGUUGCCGGCGGGGGAAGAGGAGGACGAGGAGUUGCAACGACCGAGAGGAGCAGAGGGGUGUCGAGAGGGGUGCGUCCUCCUCUUUCGAGGAAGGAACUGGGGACGGGAGUCAGUGGUGGUGUAGCAGCAGGGGUGGCAGCAUAUGGCGGUAUGGACAAGAAAAUGAUGGUGGGAGCUGCACAGCAGUAUAUGAACGACCGCGCGAGAGUGGGUGCGAAGAACAGGGGCGCACUCGAGGUUGACAACUUUCGUAACUUGGAGGCGGUGACUGUGGGUGGGAGUGGUGGUGCCCUAAAGAGGAAAAGGGAGGAAGGAGCUCAUCCUUAUGCUGAGCGGGUGGUGGACAAUCCUCGAGGCUACUCCUCUGGGGGUGAUCUCCAUCUUCCCGGGUGUGCAGAGGCCGUCAGAAGCGGUGGGGGUAUUGACAAUAUGCUUUCCCAGCCGGUUCUUGUUGCUGGAUCGGGUCCAGGUUCAGGUUCACAUCCGGGUCAAGGGCUAUCGUCAUUAAAGGGGGUGCAGUAUUAUGCAGGGGACAACAAGGGAGAAGGGUCGGGAAUGGGAAGGGCGGGAGCGAAAGGCUGGUCUCACAUCCCGCCGCUCAGAGGUGUAUCGCAGGGCAAACAAAAUGUGUCCAGUGCAGGGAAUCCGGGGUUGAAGAUUGAUGAGGAUGAACACCGACAAGCUGACAGAAGAGGGGAGCAGGCAGGGAUGCAUCCUGUUAGAUUGGGCAACAAGGUUCUAUCUGACGGCAGUGAAGAGAAGCUACCUAGUGAUGGGAGCAGUAGCCAGGGUCUGCUUGAUGGCGGCGAACUUUCGUCCUUACCCGGGUUGAGUUCGAGUCAUGCCAAGCGCUUGGGACACGAAGGCGGCGGUGGGGAACAUCAUAGGCACAUGAGUGGAGGAGGAGGAAGCAUUGCAGCUUCUAGAGCGUCCCGUGGUGAGGUGCUCAGUCCGUCGAAAGGGGUAGGGGGUGAGCUAUCGUCGGAUUAUGUUACAGCCAAUAGGAAGGGAGAGGGAGGCGGCGGAGCCGAUCCUUCCGCCGAAAGAAGGCGGCGCUUCGGUAACCCAUUCGCCUACUUUGGGAUGAGGGAGCUGUCUUUCAAAGAGAGGAUGGUGCUGAUCGAGAAUAUUCAGACCCUUCCCGAGGACCGACGUCUGAAGGUCAUGGACAUCAUUUCGUGCAGGAACCCUAAUGCGGCGGAAGGGAGGGAAGAGAUAGAUCUCGAUUUUGUAAAUUUGUUGGAUGUGGAAACUUUAUGGGAUCUUAAUCGCUUUGUAAACAACUGGGUAAAGAAGAGAAAGAACAAGUUGAUGAAGCAGAUGAAAUCCAUGGAGAUGUCGGCGGAGACGCAACCACUUUCUUGGACAUUGAAGAGGAUUGUCGCAUCGAUCAACGGUGGGAGAUGGGAUGGAGAAAGAAUGCCGUGGUUUCUGCUGUUGCUACAGGUGGGUGGCAGAGUGAUCGAAUCUUGGAAACACCACUAUGGCUUUUAUACAUAUGUACCUUAUCGCCGUUAUCGGGACCUUCAUCUGCAAAUGGGUGGUGGGGGUUGCAUUCCGUUGGCGGCAGUGAUUAGCAGUCAAGCUUCGUUGCUGGCAGCUGUUCCCCAGAAAGAGGUGGUUUCCAUUCCAUCACCAAGUUGUUUCAAAGAGCAACCGCGGUUGUGAAGAGUGACCUCUGUGGGUUGGUAGGGGGGAAGAUAAGAAAGGUGGAAUGGAAUGGGGAAGGAAGAGGACAAGGGAGGAUGCAGGGCAACGAGUGCCGACUCAUCGUCUAUGACUGAACCACGCUAGAUGGCUCAAUCCCAAUGCGACCAUGUGAUGAAUUCCCGGACUUCUUCCCCUCCCCUGCAAAUAGCCUAGUAGGAAUAGACUGGUACGGGGGAGAAAGAUGGGAAGGAACGGGGGCUAUCCCGGGACAGAAUGACUGAGGUUCAGCUAGGAAAGGUUUUUAAGGUUUAAGAGACAGCUAAUUGGGGUCGUAAAUCGUCUUGGGUGAAAUGUAGUUGGGCCCGGGACAGAAGGACUGAGGUACAUGUGGGGAAAGAGCUUAAGGGUUUAAACUUUAACGGUUAAGAGACAGAUAAAUGAGUGGUAAAUCUUCUUGGGUGAAAGGUAGUUGGGAGAGGAAGAAACUAGCCCCUCAGCAGUUGAUAUCUGGCGCUGAAUACAGGGCGAAGAGGUUUCUCCCUUUUUUCAACAGCCAGCGUAAUCGGGAGAUGUUUCAAAAAAUAAAUAGCUUUGGUUGAGAUGGGGAUAGCGGUAUAGGCCUGCUCAGUCAAUCCCCUGGGUCACAGGGCAAUCAAUGGUGGCACGCCUC